AUCUAAAACAGAUCCUGUCACAGGAGCUGUGAAAAAUACAAAGUACCAUCAACUUUAUGACUUGUUGGGAUUGGUGACUUACCUGGACUGGGUCAUGAUCAUUGUAACCAUCUGCUCCUGCAUUUCCAUGAUGUUCGAAUCUCCCUUCCGAAGAGUCAUGCAUGCACCUACUUUGCAGAUUGCUGAGUAUGUAUUUGUGAUAUUCAUGAGCAUUGAGCUUAAUCUGAAGAUUAUGGCAGAUGGCUUAUUUUUCACUCCGACUGCUGUCAUCAGAGACUUUGGUGGAGUAAUGGACAUAUUUAUAUAUCUUGUGAGCUUGAUAUUUCUUUGUUGGAUGCCUCAAAAUGUGCCUGCUGAAUCAGGAGCUCAGCUGCUCAUGGUGCUUCGGUGCCUAAGGCCGCUGCGGAUAUUCAAACUGGUGCCACAGAUGAGGAAAGUGGUUCGAGAGCUUUUCAGUGGCUUCAAGGAAAUUUUUUUGGUAUGUUACCAUUACCUUCCCUCCCAGUGCAGCGUCCACCUCU